AUGGACAAGCAUGUAACAAACAGGUCAUUGCGUCAAUAUUGCACUCUCACCUCGCCAUACUACACAUGCACCACGAUUUUACUAGGUACAACCAGUCUCACAACCUUUCCCUUUUCUGUCCUCUGGGAGAAGGAGUUCCCAGUCGGAAUAACUGGUGGCCUCGAGAAACUCGCUCCUGGCGGUGGCAUAACCGCCGCCCUCAUCAACACCGCCACUAAUAGUACCGAGACCCCCUUCCUCGACGGCUUCGGGACGGCACUCAGUCUUACCACCAUCAACCUCUCCACGAGGCCAACAGUCAUGCCACUGCAUUUCCCUAUCGUAACCAAAGACGCCAAGGACAAGGACAUCCACUGGGGCGCCUCACUCGCCUAUGUGAGCUCUGACGUCCAGUACUCUGAUGUAUCUGCUUACAUAGUAAACUGCAUCGAGCCCAAGAAGGCCGUCCUCAAGGAGUGCGGGUCGUUCUUUUAUGGCGGGAUAACUGUGAAGACGGGGCCGACGUAUUACGGGUACGGUUUUAUGUAUGCGAUUGAUAGCGAUAUGCACACAAAAGAAUGCCACUGCAUCCACCCUCUCUCCCCCGGCGAAUUGAAAAACGGCAAAGACGACAUAGGCGUCUGCACCUCCAUCUGGGGCCCCACCGGCGCUCCAACGACCAAAGUCUCGACGAGGGUGACGAGCAUCAGCGCUAGCUUGGCAAAUACCACCCCUGUGACGGUCACGUCGGGGGUGUGGGUGGGACCGAUAGAGACGGCGGAGACAAAGGAGGGUGGUGCGGCUGGUCGGCUGGAUCCUCCUGGAAGAGGGAUGGGGAUGGGGAUGGGACUGGGAGGGGAUGUUGGGGCGGUGUUGAUGGCUGUGGUGGUGGGGGGCUUGGUUGGGGUUUUGGGUGUGGUCUUGUAG